UUCCCACAGAAUCAGUAUUCGUUUCCGAUUUACAAAAAUUUAAAGUCCAAAGAAAAUGUCCGAAAAGCGGAAGCUCCUUCAGCGGUACAUGAAAAACCUGAACGACAUGCAGGAUGAGCUCACGCGAAAGCAGCUGGCGAAGAAGAUGAAGGAUCUGGAGCGGUUGCAGUGUGAGCUAGCUCGUCGUCAGGAGCGGUCUGGCACCAAGUGCGCUGGCGGAAAGAUCAAGGAGAUGCGCCAGAAGAGGCUCCAGAAGGUCCUGGGCUCGUACAUGAUGACCUUGGAGGGAUUGCAGUGUGAGCUGGCCCGCCGGGAAGCACGACUCAAUGGAGAUAGGGGACGGGCCAGUGAAUCCGAGAACCUUCUACAUCCCCCGAUGCUGGAUGAGUACACGGUGGCCUUCUGUGCCGUUGGUGAAGAUGGUCGCGAGCUGCUGGAGGCGGCUCUCUCCGCCCGCAGGUGCGCCUAUGCGCCGUACAGCAACUUUAAAGUCGGAGCAGCUUUCCGUGCCAAGUGCGGCAGGAUCUACACGGGAUGCAAUAUCGAGAACGUAGCUUUUACCUCCGGAAAUUGUGCAGAGCGAUGCGCUUUGGCCAAGGGCAUCAGCGAGGGCGAGAAGAAGUACACGGCUGGUGCCGUGGUGGCCUAUCAUCCGGAUGGUUUCACCACACCCUGCGGCGUCUGCCGCCAGUUCAUCGUGGAGUUCGUGCACAAGGACAUUCCCAUUUACAUCGCCAAGGCUCCGCCGCCGGAACAGGAGAGUUGUAUUCCUGCCAUUCAGGAUGAUGAUGAAGUGCUGGUCACCUCCGCUUACCACCUGCUUCCAUACAGCUUUACUUCAUUUGAGUGA